GACGUGAAGUCGCUGCAGAGGAAAUCGCUCGAGAUGAGAGAGGGUUUAAACGUGCGCCACUCCGCACCCGGCUGUCCAUGUGCGGACAGCCCGUGUCUGACAUGAGCUCGGACUGCGAAAGUUAUUACAGCAAAGAAAACGUGUUCGUGGGGGGCUUCACGUGUCCGAAAACGGACGGUGACACCACGGCACUUUUCUGCUGUGGGUUCAGUGACUUGAAGUACUGUUGUGAUGACCCCAACAGCUUUUUCCCCUACGAAUAUGGAUACAUGUGGUGGCUAAGUCUUGGAGCUCUUGUGGGUCUCUCUGUAGCAGCUGUGGUUCUUCUUGCCUUCAUCAUCACUCUGUGUGUCCUCUGCUAUCUGUUCAUCACCACCAAACCCAGGGGUCUGGACAAUGGGCUGCCACUCCGAGCACCAGGUUCUACAUCAAGUCCACAAAGACCAGGAACGAGUCAUACCACCAGUGUGCCUGCUGGUCCUCAAGGCCUCAGGAAACACUUUCUGAGUGGCAAGCUGGACUGUGACAACCAGCCCCCGGACCCUGACCGCCUUUUCCAGCGUUGUUUCAUGGCCACUGUGACAUCUAUCAAAGUUGAGGGACCUGCAUAGACUUGUGGAAUAUUUGACUUUUUGACCAGAUACUUUUACUUUGAUUCUUAUAUAUUGGAUGCCAACCUGUUUACUACUACACUAAACUAUAGAUUACCACAUAAUCUGAGCAAUCCUAAGAGGAAUUGUCAUUGUUUGAAAAUGAUUAUUGCUAUGAAUGGUAGUAAAUCUGCAGUAGGGGUCUUUGGGA